AUGGCUUCCUCUAUAGCCGCCCGUACACGCCUAGUGGCCAGGUCGCGUCCGAUGCACACCUACAGCUCAACACAUCUAUACUCUCGCGCGCCACCCCCGAGCCGAGCAUGUUUUCCGGCUGGAGGUGCCGGCAGCGGUGCUGGUGGCUCGCGGUGCUACUCGACACAUGAGACUCCCAAGAGGCCCAAGUUCACCUCGAGGCUGCGCUCUGCUUGGAAAAAUUCGAAAAUCACCUGGUACAACAUCCCAAUCGGAGUCGGCAUUGGGUUUCUAGGACUGGUGCAGUUUUAUAGGGUACAGAGGAGGGAAAAGGACAGGUUAAAAGAGGAGGCAGAGGCCGACGCCGACAACCUACCAAGACCCAAAAAGAGGCAAAGAAUCAGGCCAGAAGGACCAUGGCAGGUUCAGAUCAUGUCUACAUUACCCCUGAAAGCACUUUCCAGGUUAUGGGGCAGAUUCAACGAGCUCACACUUCCCUAUUACCUGAGAGUUCCUGGUUUCAAGCUUUACUCUUUCAUCUUUGGCGUCAACCUAGAUGAGAUUGAAGAACAAGACCUCCACAACUUCCCCAAUCUAGCAUCAUUCUUUUACCGGACGCUCAAGCCAGGCGCUCGUGUCCUCGAUCCCGACCCUCAUGCACUUCUUUCGCCAUCAGACGGUCGUGUGCUACAAUACGGCCAGAUCGAAGGUGGUGACAUUGAACAGGUCAAGGGCAUGACGUACAGCAUAGAUGCGCUCCUCGGCGAGACGACACCCUCCAGGCCCGGUAGCCUGGCAUCCUCUGGCACCAGCACCCCGAACCCGGCACAGGACGACGAGAUCGUGAAGCAGGACGAGGAGUUCGCUCGCGUCAACGGCAUCUCGUACACCUUGCCCAACCUACUGUCCGGCCCAUCCUCGAAACCCAACAAGAAAGAACAGGAUGUUGAAGACCAAUCCGUGACGGCGUCGCCGACCUCGGUCUCGCAGGUCCGGGCCGAUUUGGAGCUGGGCGAGAAGCCGUGGUGGUCCCUCCUGGCCGAGCAGCGUCGCACCAAGCUCUACUACGCCGUCAUCUACCUGGCGCCGGGCGACUACCACCGCUUUCACUCGCCCACUAACUGGGUCGUCGAGCGCCGCCGCCACUUCGCCGGCGAGCUGUACUCGGUCUCGCCGUACCUGCAGCGCACGCUGCCGGGGCUCUUCACGCUCAACGAGCGCGUCGUGCUGCUCGGGCGCUGGCGCUACGGCUUCUUCAGCUACGUCCCCGUCGGCGCCACCAAUGUCGGCAGCAUCAAGAUCAACUUUGAUCGCGAGCUGCGCACAAAUUCGCUGACCACCGACACGGCCGCGGACCGCGCCGCCGAGGAGGCCGCCAGGCGUGGCGAGCCCUACAGCGGCUACGCAGAGGCCACUUACGAGAACGCCAGCCCCGUGCUGCACGGCCACGCUCUCAGGAGGGGCGAGGAGAUGGGUGGUUUCCAGCUGGGCAGCACCGUCGUGCUGGUGUUUGAAGCGCCCGCCCCGAGGAUGGAGGGCGGGCAGGUGCAGGACGGCUUCGUGUGGGCUGUGGAGAAGGGGCAGACGGUCAAGAUGGGACAGGCGUUGGGCAGGGUAGUCGAUGACUUGUAA